AUGCACGACUACUGGAAGAAAUACAUUACACGAUUAGAAAACGAGCCUGGCCGACGAUGCUUUGAGAAGGACGACGCGUGGACGUCACCAGUACCAAAACAUGCUGUCAAUCUCGGGGUUCAAUCUCGAUCGGUUGGCAUCUAUUCUCUCGAAACGCUCGGCAAUGAGUCAACGGACAUUCAAGGAACAUUGCAAGGCCCGUCGCACACACACUGGGCCUAUGCAGCAAGGCAGCAUAGACGUUGGCCUUAUAUGCGUACUUCAUCCCGUGUAAUACCUGCAGGAGAUUCAUCUUGCAAAGCUUGCGCUCGUAGGAAGCGACUCCAAUACAGCAUGGCUAGCGGUGCUCAAGCAGCAGAAUCGAGGAGGGCAUCAGUUAUCGAAAAGCUAAAAAAUGCAAAACUUCCCGAAUAUACUCAAGAUAGUUUUGCAGCGUCUCGUCUCAUCUUGCCAACCUCAAGCCGCACGAUCUUGACUCAUGGUAUGCUUAGAAUGCAGCGGAAUGCAGAGGGGAAUGAAGACAGUGUAGUUGUCAUCAAGUCUCUUAAUGGUGCGUAUGCCACUCACAGGACGGGGGACAAGGCAGAGGAGGACAAAUACAGGAAUAAGCUAUUUUCCUAUUUCGAAAGAGAAACUGAUAUCUGGAUACGUGCUCGAUCUCAUCCGAAUAUCACCUCACUCUGUGGAUUUAUGCCCUACUAUGGCAUGGAUAACCUUCCGGUCCUCAUAUUUCCAUUUCAUCGUCUCGGAAAUCUUCGCAUGUAUGUUUACCAACACGAAAUGAGCAGCAAAUCGAAGCUUCUUCUUCUGCGAGAUGUAGUGCAUGGUCUCAAACACUUACAUGGCCUACAAGAUCCAAUAGUGCAUAGGGACCUCUCAGGGUCGAAUGUCCUCUUGAAAGAGACUCCCACAGGAAUCGUCGCCUGCAUCAACGACUUUGGAUCGGCAAAACUGAUCGAUCCGGAUUUGAACGUCGUAUGUAGCUCAACGCAAGCUACCAAUUACAAGUGGCAGCCGCCGGAGUACGUGAAGUCCAAGACUUUUCGUGAAAGUUAUACAAAUCCGAAGCCGUCGGGUGAUAUAUGGUCUUUUGCGUGUGUUGUACUAGAGAUACUUACUGAAGGUGAUCCGUGGCCACGAACCGCCGAUGUAGUGGUAGAGCUCGAGAAGGGUCACCAUCCUCCGUACCCUAACAAAGACUUCAAGAAGAAGUACGGGGACUUCCUUGAAGGCUGUUGGAGAUCUUCGCCGGGCAAGCGAUAUACUGCUGAGAAAGUGAUAUCAAAACUGGAUAGUCUUAUUAAUGCAGAGAGCUAG